AUGCAGAGAGACCAUUUCAUGAGUGAAAAAAAUAAAUUGAGCCUUCAAGUGCAAAACUUAACAGCAGACCUUGAACAGGCUCGAGACUUGGUGGCAGUUAAAAACAAAGAAAACUUGAAGAUGCAUGAGGAACAUCUCAGUCUCCAGGAAAAGUUAAGUGAGGCUAAGAGUCAGCUGAGGGAGCUGCAGGACCAGGUGCUAGUGGAAGCCGACCUCAGGAAAAAGCUGGACAAAAGGAACAAUGACUUGGAGGAUGAUCUUAUGAAACUACAACUUGUUGUUGGAAAGUUAGAUCAAGAUGGUGAAGAUACCAAAGACAGCAAAACUGAUGACAAUAUUAAGGCAGAAAUUAUCAGAAUGCUGCAAGAGCUUAGCUUACAGCUGCACCUCCAACAAGAAACUAGAGGCCAUAACAGUGACAAUGCAAAAGAAAUGCAGCUGCUAGAAAUGUACAAGAACAAGAUUGAUGGUUUUGAAAUGGAGCUGUCUAGUGAGAGGGCCAUGCACUCCCUUACCAAGACACAGCUCCGCUCUCUGGAGGAAGACAAUCAGAGACUUAGGAUUCAGAUGGCACAAAUCAAAAAGAUGAGGAAUACCCAUACUGACAAAUCAAAUAAAACUCACCUUGAAGAAAUCAACGACAUCAUUGCAAGGUCACAAACAAGAGCCAAAGCGAUGUUUCCAACAGGAGAAUUUAAUCUCAGUAUGACGGGCAUAGAUGGAGAAAAUGCAGCAAUGGCUGGCACUCUUCAGGGAUUGGAUUAUUCGCUAAAAAUGAAUGAAUUUGACAGGAUUCGGAGCCCCUUAAACAGUGGUGUGAUGGUGGAAACAUCACCAGGCAACAUGUAUGAAUGAAAUAAGACUUGACAUGAGACUCAUUCGAUAAAUACUUAAUACUUGCAAGACUGUACUCCAGCAGGUGCCCAAUAAUGGCUGACUUUUCCCUUGAAUUGCAUCCAUUUCACACUCAUUACUCAUUCCAGACACUUAAAAUAUGCAUUACAUACAUCCUCACUCAUUUUGUCAUCUUUUUAAUGGUUCAAAAUUUAUUCAUAUUUUUUGAUACAAUAACUGAUAUUUUUGCCUUUUGCAUAGAUGUUUGAAUGCUGUUGACUGCUUUUAUUUCUGAUAUAUCAAGUCAAACAAAUGCAUUUAUGAUAUUGUCUUUUUCCUUUUUAUUAAAUCUUAUCAUAGAGAUGCAAAUUUUGAAAUCAGGUUGGGAAAGCAGGGUGUCAUAUAAUUUAUCUUUUGUGACAAGAUACAAAAAUAUUAUCUUGAGAAUUGUACAUUUUGUGAAGGACAAUGUUGUUGACAAAAGGUGUCACAUUGAUAUUCUAAAAAAAAAAGUUAUGUUGGUGUGGUAUUUUGUUUAAAACUAGCAAUAAUUUUUUCCACAAUAUGAUGUAGCCUAAAAAGCUAGGAAAGGAACAGGUUUUACUUCCCUUAUCUUGUUAUUAAAUACUCAGUACUUUUGUAAUUUUUCCAUUGUACAUAUACACAAUUUCACAGCAAAUGUAAAAAGCAGAAUUAAAACUUUAUAAGAAAACAA